AUGCCCGGCUACCGGCUGGGCCGCCACAUUGCGCUCAUGAAGAUAACACGCCUGGUCGAAGAAGACCGCGAGCGCGCAGAAGAUACUGCCCUGGCCCUGGCGCUGGCCUCGGAGCCGGACGUGGAGGAGGAGUUGGUGCAGGCUGAGCCCGUGGAGCCAAGCUCCGUGACAGUGCCAGCCCCGCAGACAGUGCCAUCUUCGCAGACGCUGUCCGAGCCAGUAGAGCCAGUAGAGGAUGAGGCCUCCGUUACGAAGCAGGCAACCGACACCCGCAAGCUGAGCGACGUGCGUCAGCGACGUGAUGAACGCGUAAGGUGGGAUGUCGUGGAGCCUGAUGACGAGCCGGCCCCUGCAACUACCAGUGACUGGCAGGACAUGCGUGCGGCCUGUGCUGGCAGACCGCUGGGACGGGCGUCGAUGUACAUGCAUCACAUCACGGCUCCCUGGAAACAAAAGUUCAUCCUUCAGGUGGCGUCGAGUGCUGGCCUCUCGGGAAGGUGCCUCUUCGGCAAGCCUGGCCGCAUCCUGGUCGAAGGGCCCAUCGAGAUUGUCGAAAAGUACACCAAGAAGAUCGAGUCAUGGCCAUGGAAGACCUGCGACUUGCAAGGCCCGUGGAAGGUGGAGGAGCGCGCCUUUGACGCCUUCGAUCAGCUUGGCAGCAACUCUGAGUUCAAGAAGGCCGUGGCACAAGCAGGGCUGAGCCAAGAGCUGCGAGCACUCCGCUCUGGAGCAUGA